CAGAAAAAGGAGAGCCUGUGUAGAGGCUAGGCCAGACUACACUGUUCCCAGGCCGAUUUUGUAGAGCGAGCAAGCAUUUUUUGAGGGCGGCCAUUAAUGAGCUAAUGGGCGUACCUUGUAUUGCAGAGGCCGGGGAUGUACCUCAGUUAGCUAAUAAAAGAUAGGUCACAUUUUAUGUAUGUACAGUGUGUGCUAGAACAGAACAGCUAACCUCCACUGCAGUAUCCGGUACCUGGCUCCUAGGAGGACACAUCAUUAUAUAUCAACAAUGCUGCGAAGACUAUCGUUAGGGGUUCUCUACCUGUCUGUGUGUGUGCUUCAACUCGUCUGUAGCCAGCAAUUGCAAUGCUAUGAUCCUGACAGGCUUGGGGGACCUAUUAACCCAGGCUGCACCAGUCUGUUGAAUAAUUGCCUGGGAAAACAAAUAAAUGAGCAUCUGGUUGGAGAUUCUGUUGAAUUGGAAUGUCCCCCUUCUGUUACUGCACCGACUUUCACAGUGUUUAAACAUUCGUGUGGUGAAGAUAUCGGAGAGGCUAUUGUCCUUGAUGGUGGUAAUUAUACAAUGGUCAACGAUCGAACUCUGCGAAUAGAAAGUAUUAAGUCCAGUGAUGAGGGACGUUACUCUUGCUCCAAUACUGAAGGGAUCAUGUUACCAAUAUCUUGUGUGAUAGUCAGUGGUUUGGCUCGUUUUGCUACUUGCGACGCACCAUUUCCAUUCACGUACAGCCCGGGUGUGGUAUUAAGUAGCAACAGCUGCUACGAAGAAUUGAAUGUCACAGAGGGACGAGUUACCCUGGAUACUAGAAUCAUGUACUCUCCAGGCGGGUGUUGCAACUGCAGAGAAGACAUCAACAUAUUUACAAUACAUCGGGGAACUCAAACCAACCUACUGUAUAAUUGUGAUGACACACCUAACAGCAAUUGUCCUAAUAAAAGUGGAGUUGUUGUUAAUCGACAAAGCUUUUUAUUUUACGACUUUAAAGUUGAGCUACAACUAAAUGCAAGUGACAGUGCUCAGCUCAUUUAUGUGGCAAGUGAAGUGAGGCAACCGAGGCGAAGCGAUUUUAGGUCUUUUUGGAAGAUAUUUAGUGUGACAGUUCAUCAAGAUCUCACUACAAUGCCUCCUCCACCCACUACAUUUCCAGCCACUACAUUUCCAGUUACAACCAACAAUACUAUGACAACCAACGAUGGGACUACUUUGAGUUCUCUAGGCAUGGUGGGGGCACUGAAUCCUAAUGUACCUGUAUCUGGAGGUGCUGUUGGAGGUGCUGUCGGAGGUGCUGUCGGAGCAGUGGUCGUGAUCGUGCUGAUAGUAGCCGCUGUUGUUGUAGCUAUCGCUAUUGUCUUACAAUACCAAAGACACAGGACAGAUUCUAAAGACAUAGAGAACAAAAAAGAAGAGACUAUAAAAAUGGAAAUACCUCAAAACACCAACCCUGUAGGUGGACCCAAUCGUGAAUCUGUGUACACCAAUGACUUUGAGAAAAAUUUUGCCCUACAAUUAAUUUUAGAAUCUAAAACAUCUGCUAAAGUUUAGCAAUUACUGUUUUUGUCUUUUUUGAAAACGUUUUUAUUUGUCAUUAAUUUUAUGUCAGUUCGCAUGUAAUAUUCUAUACAUCGUAUCAUACACAGUCAUGCAAUAAGACAAAAUUAUGAAAAUUGGCCUCAACAUGAAA